AUGUUUGCCUGGAGGCACAUGUUAAAGGCUUCCGCGAGGCUCCUCCCCAUGAAAUUCCUGGAGAGAACUGCAGUCUUCCCCGAAAAUGCCCCUAAGACUCUCCUUCAGACUCUCGAAACCGACAGAAUCCUGAGGAGAUUCUCCACCCAAGUGGAGAACGGCCUCCAGGAGCAACCGACGAAGGAAAACCCUCUAACAAAACAUCCAGUUGGCAAAGUAGAAGGAAAAAUGAGGAUAAUGUUCACCUGUAAAAAAUGUGGCACGAGAAAUUCUAAGAUAAUGACAAAGUUGGCAUAUCAGAAGGGAGUUGUCAUCAUUCGUUGUGAUGGGUGUAAAAACAAUCACCUGAUUGCGGACAACUUGGGCUGGUUCGGAUCGAUCGCCACCAAACGAAACAUCGAGAAAAUCAUGAAGGACAAGGGAGACACUGUUAAGAGACUUAAUGUUUAUGGAGCUGAUGCCUUCGAGGUUGUGAGUAAGGAUGAGCCAAUUGGCAUUAGAAACGAGGAGAGGACGAAGGUCGAGGAAGAAAAAUCGGCGCAGAUUGACCGGUAG